GGAAAUUAGUGGUAGGGGUAAUAAAAUCGGUGCAAGCAAAAGACAGAAAUCGAGGAGAAAACUUCCCUUUAGUGCGAUUUGCCCACAAAAUUUGUCUUUCCCACUUCACAAAUCUGUUUGGUUCGAUUGCAUUUUCAUCUAUUUCGAAUUUCCGAUCACUGGGUUUUCCCGUUUAAUCGGAAAAAUCCAGUGGAUUAGGUUUUUUUCCAAGCUCAGUGUUUGUUGUCUCUUUCUGUUUCUGGGUUAUAUUCGAUGACUGUUCCUGAGGACGAAAAGCCGGUUCUUGAGCUGCGGAUGAGAGACGAAGACGAUGAGGAGAAGGGUGGUUCUUAUGUGAAAUUGAGUGAGGGUUUAGAGAAAGGACAAGACUCAGAGCUGGAGAAGGAGGAAGAGGAAAAAGCUGAUUCGUCGCCGUUUUGGUUUUGGGUCAAGCUUUCUGUUUUAUACGGCCUUCUUGCUGCAUUGGCUAUCGUUGGUUACAUAUGGAUCGGUCCAUUGAUCAUGGAUAAGGAGCUUAUCCCGAUUAUACAAUGGGAGAUUAGGACUUUUACACAUCCUGUGUGCGGUCUUCUUGUCUUUGCAUCCGUGGCAAUAUUCCCGACAAUACUUCUUCCAUCUACACCAUCAAUGUGGAUUGCUGGGAUGACAUUUGGUUAUGGCUAUGGGUUUCUACUAAUUAUCUCAGCUGCAGCUGUUGGUGUAUCCCUACCUUACUUUAUUGGACAACUCUUCUGCCACAAAAUUCAAGGAUGGCUAGAAAGAUAUCCUGAUCAAGCAGCCGUUUUAAGAGCUGCUGGUGAAGGAAAUUGGCUUCACCAGUUCCGAUUAGUAACCUUAAUCCGGAUUUCUCCAUUUCCGUACAUUCUUUAUAACUACUGUGCUGUAGCAACUCGUGUUAAGUACGGUCCUUACAUAACAGGAUCUCUCGUAGGCAUGGUACCUGAGGUUUUUGUUGCUAUAUAUACAGGGAUUCUUGUAAGGACAUUAGCAGAAGCAUCUUCUGCAGAAGAACAGGGUCUCUCGGUUACACAGGUUAUUCUCAACAUUAUCGGCUUUUUAGCAACAGUGGCUACAACGAUUCUCAUCACGAAGUAUGCGAAAAGACAGCUGGAGACUAUGAAGAAAGAAGAGGAAGCAUUGCUGCAGUAAAUCUGUAAAACCACGUGACAAACCUCUGAGCUUCUGGUCUUUUGUCUCUCUGCUUGCUGUUUUGUAUCUGAAACAUUUCCUGUCCCCAUGCACAGUACAGGUCUAUUCGAAGAUGUGAAAGAGCUCUGGUUGUUUUUGUCCUUGGUUCUUUCACCUCUUUUAUUAACAACCUUUAAUGAGAAGAAAAAAAGGGGUUAACAAGCAAGUAUGAACAGAGGAACAAAACUAACACAAUUUCAAGUUUUCUUUAUUUUGUAAUUAUUGUAGUCAAUUCUUAAGUUUGACAUGAAUGAGAAGAAUCUUUUUUCUUUCUAACU